AUGUCGAGCGGGGGUGAAACGGACGCCCUGUCGCGACGGCUGCGCGAGGCGGAACGGGCGCGUGCGGACGCCGAGCGCGCACACGCGGACGCACUCGCACAACUGCGGAACGCACAGCGAUCGCCGCACGACUCGCAUAACGUCGAACAGCUACAGUCACGAGUACGUGAGUUGGAGAAGAAGGCUGCAUUGGAAACAGUUCGUUGUGAAGAGCUACAGCUAGAAUUGUCAUCGGCGAUGCGCGCCCGUGGCACCUCAACAACUGCGACCUGGACGACGUCAGUUGCUCAGCCCGCCUCUGAGAUAGAACGGAUCAUGGCAAAGAUAGAACAAGACAACCGAAUUCUAGCUGAGCUGGAACAUUCUAGGUCCACUACACAUGGAAUUCAACAAAGUGGAUCUAAUCAGGCGCUGGGAGAAUUUCAUUCACCAACGCCGUCGCCUUUGCCUCAUUCGUAUACUAGCGUGACAGGCCAUGUAGCCCUGUGUCAGAGCAACACUAUGCCUACUCUCUCUUCACUCCACGCCACCUCACAGUUCACUGCCCCUAGUUCCAACUCUGUAGCUUACUCGAUGAGUGCACACAAUCCUUCCUACUCAAACCCUGUACCUGCUUCCUUUGGUUUGUCUAAUUCUCAUCAAGUCACGUUUACAAACCCCGUUACUGCUCCCCUCGUAAACAAUAUCAGUCAAAUUUCCAGUACUCUGGCUGGGCUACAGUCAAAUCUUCAAAAUAUCACGGGAAAUGUAUCCGCUAUGAGUUUGGGAGCCACCUUAGUCGGUCCAUCUAUCACUGGAACCAUGGCCGGAACGGGACUUUCUAGUUGUUUAAAUAACCCACCAACUAGUUUAUCUGGAGGACUAACAAGUACCCUUGCUGGCAUUCAAAGCCAUAUACCCGGUGCUCUAGGAAAUACCUUAUCUAAUUUAACGGGAGGAACACAAAUUGGAGGUCUUAAUACGAGUUUAACAGGAUCAAAUGCUUAUGGAACUGGCGCUGGAACCUAUACGAACCCUCUUUUAUCAAGUGGCUUGGGAACAAAUACGAUGAAUAUUAAACUUAAACCCAUCGAUGAAAUUGACCUCGGCUUAAGCAGAUAUGGAGCAAGCAAUAACCCUAUAGUUAGAGCUGCAACUCCUGUAACGCCACAUCAACCUACUUGGAACUUAGGAUUAGAUAGCCAAUUUGGAACUGAUAGAAUAGGAAAUUUAGAUACAUUUCUUCAUGACCGAGGUCCGAGAGCUAUAAGACUUUUACCAAAUAAUAUUUUGGACGUAGAUGUACGAAAUACCCAUUAUAUGAAUGGCGGUGCACCAACUGAGCCACAAGUUGACAUGUUGGAUAUACCAGGAAAAGGUCGUUGUUGCGUUUACAUCGCCAGGUUUUCCUAUGAACCACCAGAUGUCGAAAAUACUGAGGGAGAAUUGUCUAUAUGCGCUGGUGAUUAUUUGCUAGUAUGGGGUCCACCCGACCCAAAUGCAACAAUGCUUGAUGCUGAAUUGCUAGACGGAAGACGUGGUCUUGUACCUGCCAAUUUCGUUCAACGCCUAGUUGGAGAUGAUCUUUUAGAGUUUCAUCAGGCCGUCGUAGCUACUUUACGUGAUGCUGAUGAAACUGCAACCACAGCUAUAAGUGAUUUAUCCCUUAGUAGAGAUGUGGCACGCCUUAGUGAAAUGGCAGACAUUAGUGAAGGGCCUGAAGAUGAUGAUAAUGCCGAGCUGUUUUUCUCGUCGCUAGUGCCUGCACCGCGCCAGCUCACCCUCGAGAGACAGCUCAACAAAUCGGUGCUGAUCGGUUGGACGGCGCCAGAAGGGGUUCAACAAGCAAACAUUGAAAGUUACCAUGUUUACGUCGAUGGCGUCUUGAAAACUACGGUCAAAGCGACGGAACGCACACGUGCUUUGGUUGAAGGCGUAGACGCUAAUCGACCACAUCGAAUUAGCGUCCGUUCAGUAACAGCUACAAGGCGUACCUCAAGAGAUGCUGCGUGCACUAUGGUAAUAGGAAGAGACACCGGCAAUAUGGGACCUACCUGUGUGAGAGCUAGUGGAGUUACCUGUUCUCAAGCUGUAAUAUCAUGGCUACCAGCGAAUUCUAACCAUCAACACGUUGUCUGUGUCAAUAAUGUUGAAGUUCGAACUGUAAAACCAGGUGUUUAUCGGCAUACAAUAACCGGCCUGUCGCCAAGCACACAAUAUCGAGUGACAGUUAGAGCUAAGCACUUACGGGCGGGUCCUCCUGGAGUCCCGAUUGAAGAGGCUCCUGGCGCUUAUACAGACUUCAGAACCUUACCUAAAGGCCUACCAGAUCCACCUAAUGAAAUAAUGGUGGAAGCUGGACCUCAGGACGGCACACUGCUUGUGACGUGGCAGCCGGUGCUUCGGCCUCCAGCUUCUGGGCCUGUCACUGGGUACGCAGUGUAUGCCGACGGGAAGAAGGUGACCGAUGUUGAUUCUCCGACGGGUGAUCAUGCUCUCAUCGACAUUGGCAAAUUGAUCGGCCUCAAUCCAAAAUGUGUCACUGUGCGAACCAAAUCGCGGGACAGCCAGUCGAGUGACAGUGCACCAACUCCUAUACCACCUGCUGUACUUAGAGGGGUCGCUUCGAGAGUCCCUCGUGGACCUGGUCCCGCUAUGAAUCAGCCACCAGCCGGUUAUCGAGGCCAACGCCCACAGCCUUAUCAACAACAUCAACAAGUCAUAGAACACGAUGAGAACCUAUCGGAUAAGGAAAUAUUUCCAACGGGCAAUCGACAUGACCCACAAACGACUCAGCCCACGAGCGGAUUCGGCACAGGUCUCCUAAAGAGUAUAUUCGACAAAAUAACCCCUUCGCAAUCGGGGAUACCGGCCAUCGAAAUCACUAAAGAGGGAGCAGUGGAGGCCACUGGCGAGGAUGAGGAGGCGUCGCGUCGCCGCCCGCAGCAGCAGCCGUCCCAACCUGCACAAGCGUCGCAGCAGCCUUCGGGUCAGCAGUACCCGAAUACACAAGCCUACCAUGGCACGCAGCAACCCCCCUAUCCACAGGGCGGCCAGUUUCAAAGUAACCAGCCUAAUCAAUACACCGGUCAGCAACAGCAGUAUCAGAACCCUCCGCCUAGAAAUCACCAUGAAAGAGGACGUCCACCUAAUCCUCAUCAGCAAGCUCAACAAAUGUCACAAGGUCCUAAUCAACAAUAUGGUCCACGACCUGGGCCACCAAUAGGUCCUAGAGGCCCACCGCCAGGCCAGCGUCAACAGCAGGGGCAUCCACAGUCUAAAAGAUGUCGAUAUUUCGUAGCGUUGUUUGACUAUGAUCCAGCAACAAUGAGUCCUAAUCCAGAGAGUUGUGAUGAAGAACUACCUUUCAGCGAUGGAGACACAAUUAAGGUUUGGGGAGACAAAGACGCUGAUGGUUUCUAUUGGGGAGAAUGCCGCGGUCGGCGUGGUUAUGUCCCUCAUAAUAUGGUUGUGGAAGUGUCAGAACAAGACGCUACUGGGCAAGUUGCCGCAAAGCCUCGGGAUAGAUGGACAGAUGCAUAUGCCAAUCAACCCGUCCGAAGAAUGGUGGCUCUUUAUGACUACGACCCUCAGGAGCUUAGCCCAAACGUCGAUGCUGACGCGGAAUUAAGCUUUCAAACGGGUCAAAUUAUUCUCGUUUAUGGUGAUAUGGACGACGAUGGAUUCUAUAUGGCAGAAAUAGAUGGUAUGAGAGGUUUGGUGCCCAGUAAUUUCCUUACGGAAGCCAAUGACCAGUUUGGAGCAGCGGGACAAGCCGGUCAAGGUGUUGGAGCGGUUGGUGGUAGAACAGCCAUCGCAGGAACAAGUGUUUCAGGGGGAGGACCAGGACGCGGGCGGGGCGUUCCGACCGGUCCUGGAGCUCGAGGACCUCCCCCUCCACCACGAGAUAAUGUCGCCCCUGCACCCAGAAACCAUCACCGGAAAACAGAUGCCUGCCCUCUUCCCCCUUCUCAGUUAGACCACAACACAUGCGCCAGUAAUCCAGAACAGGCGAAUUCUCAGCAGCAGCAGCAGCAGAGGGGGAGAGGCGCGGUGAGCGCUCCGCAAGCGAGCACGAUCGCGCGCACGAGCGCUGGUAAUGUGAGCACGCCGACCGCGCAGUCCCCGGGCUCCGCGGGCGCGCUCACGGCCAUGCCGCCCAUAGGAACCACCACGGCCGUUAGCACAUCGCCCGCGCGCCGCGGCGGGCCCGCCGUCGUACCGGCCCCCACCGCGCAACCUAUUUCACAAGCUCAACCGCCAACUUCGCAACCUAACCUCAUGCAAAAGUUUUCCGAGAUGACGGCGCCCGGUGGUGAUAUCCUGAGCAAGGGCAAGGAGCUCAUCUUCAUGAAGUUCGGUCUCGGCGGUAAAUAA